UGGGUCUCUCUGCUUAUUACGUUCUGCAGAACCGCUAACGCUCGAUAUCAGCCGAGUCUCUCAUGUUGCUAGUAGCGGGCCGCCAUUGGAGGUAGUUGGACUCUUGUGGUAGAGGAGAGCGUGAGCGUGCGAGGAGCGAGCGGAACGCGCAGUGUCAGCGCCGGAGGACAUACUCGCAUGUUGUGGCAGCGUGCGAGACAGACGGUGGUUGUUUCCAGAGUGCAUCUGCAAUUCUCUGCGUGGAUCGCGCUAUGAUGUGUUUGCAAUCAAGCGUUCCAGCUGCCGAGAUCACUAAUUAGAUGCCCGGAUGUGUACUACUUUGACAUUUCUGUAGGAGCGAAAAUGGAGUCAGCGAAGAAAUGGCUUACCUCGACGUGUGUGCUAGUUCUAGCGGUAUGCCUGUUUAUUCAGAAAGGACUCGCCAUCGAGUGUUUCAUCUGUAAUUCCUAUCUUCACGGCGAUGAUUGUCGGAACUUGCCGGAAGAGAAACAAUAUAUGUACAAGCAGAGGUGUGAUUUCCUUGAGGGUAACAAGACGUACACCGUCUGCCGUAAAAUGGUCCAAGAAUUUCCGGGUGAAGUCCGUAUUGUACGUCAGUGUGGAUCGAUGGGUAAACCCGGGUGCCUGGCCCGCAGUGGAACGAGGGGUGUUCGCAUCCGCUACUGUCACUGCGAGGACUCGCUUUGUAACAAGGGACCAGCUCUCUUACCUCAUCUUCCCACGUAUCUCACAAUUGCCAUAGCAACGUUUGUCAUUCCUCGGAUCUACCAGAAACUACGGGAAUGAAGCAAUCACUGACACGUCUGUUGACAAGGUCAAGAUCUCUUGUAAGCAGCUAACAUGGAUGUAAACCGGAAGUCCAGCAUAGUAGAUGGACGCCAUGCCGUAUCCAGUUAUACCCAGAUGCAAUCAUAGUAGAUGUAGCCGAUACGGGAUUAACCCCCUUGGGGAACGCCACCAGACGGCGUUAGUGCUUUUCAUCACAGUGCUUCUUUCAGGCUGCUGAAACUGUCAUUCGGUUCCUUCAAACACUUCAUUAUAACGCGAAAUAAAGCUGAUUACGUCACACACGGACACAUUCCUACAAAGAGCAUAUGACCGAAUCAUAUAUAGACACCCUAUCAGAAACACCGUUCAUCCGUAGUGAUCAGUUACUCCGUAUUCACAACAUAUUGAUGUUAAUGCCAUAUCUAAUACAACUAUGUUCGUUUCAGUUACCUCAGAACCAAAGUUAUACAGUCAAGCUUUAAUACUGUUUUCCCAACACAUUCGGCCAGUAAAAUAAGAGAAAUGUCGUUUAUCGCAAAUUUCAGCUUAGAUAAGUUUGAGAAAAUUAGUGUGAUGUCCAUCUUGUCGGACCAUGGUAAUGUUGACUCAUUGGUUUCAGCGAAUGAGUUUAAUGAGUCUUCAGUAACUCGAAUUAAGGUUAUAUUACUUAUGAAAAUCAUGGUACAUAUGUAUUAAAUGUAUCAGUACCAUUUAUGUUUGAAGUAUCGAAACAGGCACAUUUCAAGAUGUUUUUAUCAACGUCUUACUGUGUCAAAUAUUUGAAAGUGCAAGGCUUUGGAAAUCCAAGCUGAAUGCAGAUUUGAGCCAGGUGCAGCAGUAUAACGAGGGCGGAACGUGUGUGGGAAUAUACACUACUUUGUUGUUAUAAACGUGAUGAAAUCCUGCUGCUGCAAAGGCUAAUCGUGUAGGUAUAAGGCUCAGGGAUAGGUGAUAUUUUUGGAAGCAUGUCAAUGCUGUCUAUGUUCAAGUUAUGACACAAAGGCGCAGUACAUGCGUCUACCGUUCAGAUGGCAACACUGUGAUAAGCGAUCAUGGAUUAGAUUUGAUUUGGAAUGUUGAUGUAUUUGUACAGUAAAGUGGAGUAUAUUCUUAAAGAGAUUAGAUAAUGAAGUUUCAUGUAUAUUUCUAUAUGUUGUGACAUUGAUAAAGUAGAUAAAGGUUCCCGCUGCCAGAACACAUCCAUCCAGCAUAUGAUGGUUAUUAAACAGGAAGACAAGAAGCUGAACUAACCCAAUGUGCAACCAGAACGUUAAUAUAAGUUCCUGAUUAAAGUAUUGGCAACAAUUCAGUAUGGGGUCAAGAUGUGCUAUCGGGCAUCUGCAACGGUUCGUGUGUAGAAUAUUACCAAACAUGAACCUCCAGCGACGGAGAGCUCAGUAAUUGGUGUGCGGAGAGGUGACGUCCAUACUUGAAUCCUCGGGGGCAGGUAAGCUACACUUUGGGGUACAGGAGAGCAUUUCUCUUCUCAUAGCUCAUUAAUAAUAACGCUCUGGGACAAAGGACUCUGGUUAAAUUGAGGCUGCUUUGCGUGUUUGUUGAGCUAUGUUUUCCUUUAUUGGCUGAGAACUAAGUCACUAAUGACUUCUUGACUAGUACAUGUGUUUGCAUCAUUGAUCUUGUAGAACAAUCCUGACUAUAGACAUUCAAGAUGCACAGAUGUGUGUACGUGGUCUUGCACGUGGCCCUUGUGUGAUCUAACGAAUAUAUUGACAGACAGAUCAUCAUCAGGUUCACUUGUCAUCUAUUAUGGAUAUUGAUUCAGAAGAAUCUCUUUGGGGAAAAGGUUGAACUUGAUAUCAAUCGUGUUUAUUGCGACAUCAUUUUGCCUAUGUUCCUAUGUUGUGCAUAUAGCACGUUUUAUUAUGCCACAACUACAUUGUUGAACAUUACGAUCACAUGGCGACAAUCAGCUACAAGCCUAGACUCAGUUUCUCACGGAGAAGGUCGUGUAAUACCAUAUAAACAAGCUUAUAUACUUCACGCAACUGUCUCCAUGAUCUAAACGUAGAUACAUCCUAAUGAAUGUUUCAUGGAUCCAUUACUCUGCACGUGUUUGUAAGAAACUCAUCAACUACGUGUUAUUGACAUGUAUAUAUAACAACAUACUCCAUAUGGUCUCAGUACCACCUGCACGUGAACAGUGAUAUCGACCUGAAAUAUGCAUGUAUCAAACAGUGGGUGACGUGCAUUGUGUAUAUGAUGUGUAUAACACCGUAUCCACUCUUCCAAGAUCUUGUGGUUGUAAAUCCAUCGACACUUAACACCAAUGCUUCCAUGGUUAUCUGGAACCAUUCAGUGUCCGAGUUGGAGCCUAGGAAGGACGUAGUACUCGCUAACUUGUGCCAUCUUCAUAGAGAUAGCGUUCCCUUGCACAGUACAGGAAGAUAUGGUUCCAUGAAGACCGUUGUUUCAAUUCAAGGAAAGGAUAGAUGAAUGGAAUACGUUUUUGUAAAAUGGAUAUCUUCCGUGAAUGCCGGAGUUUUGUGUCCACUGUGGAUAUGCUACUAGGAAGUGAGUGAAGGAUAUGCUGCCAGUACUGGAACAAAGGAUAUGCCACCACGGACUGACCACUUGUAUGCUUCUGUUGACAAAGCAAAGGACACACUGCUAUUAUACAAGCAAAGGAUAUGUCACUGUCAAAUGAAUCCAGGCCGUGAGUACGAUAUGACACUGUGACUGAAUCAUGGAUAUGGUACAACAUAAAGGAUAUACCACUGUUGACUGAGCAAUGGAU